UGAAUAAAUAAUACAAUAAUGUUAUUAACCUCAAAAUAUAUUUAUUGAAUAUAUUACAAAAAUUAAAAAGACAAUAAGUUAAUCAUCAUGCAUAAAGCUAUUUCAAGGAUAUUGUUUUAUGAGAAACACAGUUCUAUUUGUUUUUCAUAUAAUUCAAUGCAACGUUAUGUUACACAAAUAGAAAAUAAUGACGAUAAGAAAGGAAAAGUGUCUAACCUAAAAAAAUAUUGGUUAGACAAAUAUGUUAAUUAUAUAAAAAGUUAUGAAGCAACGUUAAGUAAAAAUUUUCCUAAAACAAUGGGCUUAUAUCGUAUGUUUGUUUAUGGUACACAAAAUUAUAUAUCUGAUUUAAAAGUUUAUCUAGUCAUAUUAAAGAAACAUAGUUUAGAUGGGUUAGAUAGUUUAACUAGAGAUGAAAUUCAAUUAGCACAUUCAAUACACAAAGAUGUAAUUAAAGCUGCACCAGUCAUUUUAAUAUCCCUAAUACCUUUUACAAAUUAUGCCAUCAUUCCAUUGGCAUAUUUCUUUCCACGACAAAUGUUGACCCAUCAUUUUUGGACACCAGAACAAAAGAUUGAUUUUACGCUUUAUUAUUAUUCACAAAGAUUUAAAUACAGUAGACCAUUAUUUCAUUGUAUGGAAAGUAAAGCUAAUCAUAUAAAUGAUCAAAUAUUAAAAACUAAGUGGAGUGGAAUAAUUGCAUGUUUGGGUAGUGGUGGACAACCAACAGUUGAAAGUAUGGUAUCUUGUAUAGCUUUAUUUGCAAGUUCACCAUAUUCAUUGGAUACUCUUGAAAGUAAACAUAUGAAUAAGCUGCUUGGUAUUCAUGAAUUGUCUGUGUGGAAACCAUUUAGAAAACAACGUUUGAAAGAAAGGGGUUUGUUAAUAAAACGAAUGGAUGAUGCUAUCAUUAAAGAAGGAGGUGUAAAUACAAUGUCUGUAGAAUCAUUGAGUUGGGCGGUAUCUUUCAGAGGAUUAAAUUCUGUAAAUAUGUCGACAGAAAGUAUGAAAGAUUGGCUGGAACAAUGGAUAUUAUUGUCAACGUCAGUUGAUAAUUCUACUUUGUCAUUAUUAUUGCAUGGUCCAAUUUUAUUAGCUUAUAAUCAUAUUAAUAAUUUAAAGCUUUUGUAUAAUAAAUAAAAUAAUACUUA